AUGUCAAUCAAUACUGGUGAAGACAAGUCCUUAACCUUUUCUACCAAUCAUUUUCUAUUCAUCGAUGAUUUGAAGCUUUUUGCUCAGAAGGAAGAGACACUGGCACGCAUGAUGGAGGAUGUGAACAUUUACUUUAAACUGGCUGGUUUGGAGAAGAAUUUUGAGAAAUCAGCGACAAAUUGUUAUUUGUUGAGGAAUGAAGCUACAUUAAUGGAUGGACUAGAUAGCUAUCGCUAUCUGGGGGUGCUAGAAGACAGAUGCAGUAAUGUUCUUAAAGAGGAUGUACUCAAAAAUAUUAAAGAAGAAAUGCAAAAGCGUAUUGGAAGACUAUCGGAAACUAAACUAAAUGCAGUCAAUCUAUUUAGAGCAAUUAAUGAGCAUGCUCUAUCGCUGAUUAACUAUUAUAUCGGUCUACUCGAUCUGGAACCAUCUUGUUUCGAAGAAAUGGACAAGUUUGUCAGAAAGCUGUUGGCUGAUUUGAAAAUUCACAUGAAGCCAGCCUGUAAAGAAAGACUGUAUCUGCCAAGAGAUACACUUGGAAGGGGACUUGUAUCAGUUGCCUUUAAGGCGGAAAAAAUGCUGUUGGACUUCAAAACCAAUUUGGAAAGGCGAAAGUUAAUCUCCUUGAGAAAAGCAGCAAUUUUGUGGGCCGAACAGAAAAGGAAAACCCAUAUGGCCACAAUCACAGAAUUCCUGCAUUGUAAAUAUGGAACAACCACACUCGAUGAGAUUGCUAAAUCACUACGUGACUUGCAGAUAGAGUCACUGUUGCUUAGUAUUAAAAAGAAAAGGUUGCAUUCGAAGCUAUUUGAGUCGCUUGAGAAUAAUACUUUUGAUAUCCCAACAUCUUCAACAUGGCUAAAGAAAGGGAAUAUAUCUCCUAAAUCUGAGGCAAUGUUCUCUUUUCUUCAAGACAGAAACGUCUUUUUCAGAAACUCUGAUGAAAAAUGCCCACAUUGUAAAUCCUCGCCUAAAACCGUGGACCAUCUUGCGACGCGAUGCAGUAGAAUGCUAAAUUCAGAUUAUACCAGAAGGCAUAACGAGAUUGUGAGGUGUGUUCACAUGCACUUGUGUCGGAGAUUUGGAAUGAAGAAGUCCAAGAGACUGAAAAACCACUCCGUGCAGUGUAUAAUGUCGAAUAGCUCUGCGGAAAUUCGGGUCGAUACUACAAUUCCAACUGAACUAAAAAUACAAUAUAACAAGCCUGAUAUAUUCCUGUAUGACAAGAAGGAAAAUUUGAUAUGGAUCAUUGAAGUGGGUGUUACCUCGAUAGAUAAUUUGAAAUCGGUGGAAGUGGAAAAAAUGCAUAAAUACGACAUUCUAGCCAGUGAAUUACAAUUAAUUCACAAGGCUAAGGUAAAGAUUGUACCGAUUGUCCUCACGUGGGAUGGGAUAGUCUCUACAUUCUUCAGAAAAUAUAUGGACCUUCUUAAAAUCAAAGAAAGUGUGCAAGCAUACAUCCAGACUGUUGGUUUGAAAAAAACAAUGGAAAGCAUGAUAGUAGAACACAAAUUGGCUUCGAAAAUAUGUCUACCUCAGGUAACUCAUUUGACGAAGGACGGAAUCGGUGAAGAGACGGCGAGAUUCUGUAGUUUCCGCCGAUGA